CAUGACCAUCAUAAUCUCAUUGCUCCUGCUGGUUUCUCUCCUGCCUUACAUGACCAUCACUGCUCAUGAGGGAAUAGUGGACGGCAGGGAAGCAGAACCUCACUCCAGACCUUACAUGGUUUCUAUUCAGUUGAAUGACAGUCAUAUCUGUGGUGGAUUCCUCAUUACUGAACAGUUUGUCUUGACUGCUGCACAUUGCUGGAAUGAAGGUGAGGUUCUGACGGUUGUGGUUGGAGCCCAUAGUUUGAACGAGAGCAAGUGUUUGGAUCGUUUAAGAGUGAAUCGCUGCAUCAGGGCAAAAUAUAAACAGAAUCCUUAUCGGAAUGACAUCAUGCUAUUAAAACUAAUGACAAAUGUCACACUGAGCAAGAAUGUUGGACUGAUAUCAUUACCAAAGAAAGGAGAAGAUGUUAAAGCAGAUACUCUCUGUAGUGUUGCUGGUUGGGGAAGACUGUGGAAAAAUGGCCCAAAGCCGUAUCGUCUAAUGGAAGCAAACACAAGAAUAGUGAAUGAUGCAGAGUGUAAAAACAGAUGGGAAUCUGGUUACAAGGCCUCAAAGAUGAUCUGUGCUUAUGGUCAUGGCGGAUCCUGCAAUGGGGAUUCAGGAGGUCCUUUGGUUUGUAAUAACACUGCUGUUGGAGUCACAUCUUACGGUGACCCUUAUCUCUGUAAUUCACGUUUGCUUCCUAAUGUGUAUACUAGGAUUUCAGCAUAUCUUCCAUGGAUUCGCAAAGUAAUUGGAAAUGUGUGAUUUCAUAAAAA